GCUGGCCAAGGAGGAAGUCUUGGAGGCCGGAAAGCUCGUACACAAGCUUGGAAUCCUUCCAAAAGCAUUCAACGCGAUGGCUAGCAUUCCUGAAGGAACCAAGGCAUCCAUCCGACAGCGCGUCACAGGCAAAGACGAGGACGAAAUGCCCCUCAAUGGCAAUGGCAAUGCCAACUUGCCCGCGCCCGCUGCAUACAACUCCUUCUGGUACAAUCAAGAGAGCAUCCCGGCUCACUUUGCGCCACUGAGCUUGCGACUGGUGCUGAUUGGCUGGUCACUCGGCCUGCUCGCAGGCAUUUCGCUCACUUUGGCUUCGCCACUCUUGCUGCCAUGGGCGACGACUGCCUCGUCAAAUCUCAAUGACUGGUCGUGGUGGCACGUUCUCAUUGCUCCACAGCUUCAUCUGUACCUCGCGGCCUGGGCCACCUUUCAUCUGCUCGAGUUCGUUGUUACGGCAAGAUGGAAUCCAACAAGGCUGAUGCAGGACUCCUUCCUGCUUCAAAAUGGCUGGAACUAUCAUGCGGCCCACCUCGGUGGCAUUGUCGAAUUCUUGCUCGAGGCUUCCUUCUUUCCCAACAUCAAGCUCGCCUCCCGCAGCUCUUCCCCAGCCUACCUCGCCCUCUCCCUCUACUCCGGCCUGCUGCUCCUCCUUCUCGGUCAACUGCUCCGAUCUCACUCAAUGAUCAGUGCUGCUGGUAACUUUUCGCAUCAGGUGGCUCACAAGAAGCGAGACGACCACGUGCUGGUGAAGUCAGGCGUGUAUGCUUGGGUCAGGCAUCCAAGCUACACGGGCUUCUUUACGUGGGCGGCGGCUACACAAUUGGUGUUGUGCAACCCGGUCGGCGUGGUGGUAUUUCUUGGCGUGUUGUGGCAUUUCUUCAGUCAGAGGAUCAAGUCUGAGGAGGCCUCGCUCGUUGCCUUUUUCGGCAAGGAUUACGAGGAGUAUCGACGCAAGGUGCCGAGCGGAAUUCCCUUUGUGCGAUGAUGGCUUGCAGACGUCUGACCGACUCAUUCUCGUUGUAAUGUCAUCGUA